UCUUGUAAUACCGUAUUGCUUUGGAAUUGUGACCUUAUGUACUUUCGAGGAAAAUAGGCAGGUUUCUCGACAUACCCUGACUUUGAGAAGGGAUUUGCAUGACGAUUAGCUUAGCAACUACGUGACAAAUCAUGACAACGUGAACGCGAUUGGUCUACAGUCUGCUAGAUAGACUGUUAUAUGUUCCUCCAUUCAUUGCCCAAUGGGAUUCCUAUUUGUAUUCUCUCUGGUUUGGUGUACACUUUUCGUCAAUGUUUGGCGUCUCGUUUCCAUAACAACAGAAGAUACCAACAGGAAGUACAGAGGUGUAACCGUCCUGAAACUGGAAAUGCAGGCUUCUCGCGUCGGAGUGGUCAGGGACUCCAUGCUGGCUAAUCCUCUUUUAAUUAGGCCAGCGCUUGGGAAGACCAAGUCUAAAGGGUUGACAUGUCUUGGACCUGACUUUGUGUACGGAACUGUUGCGACCAUCCAGGACGGAGGAGUCUCAGAAGCCUUGUCCAACUGGCACACACACUCCCUACCCACCAGUGGCAGUAGAGGCCACUCCAGGAGGCCUGGGAAGGACUUUGUGGCUCUGAACCGCGAGGGGGUGAAGUCUGGCCUGGUGACUGCCAAGGAGCAUUAUCAGUACCGCGCCACCCACGACAGGAGACAAGCCUCCCUUGCCAGAAGGGGCUCCCGUGUCCCUGUGCCCCCUCGCAUCCCCCCUGACACUACCUUUGGCAUCUCGACACAGCCAUCCACUCCCAUCUGUGAGCUGCUGGAGCACAAGUACGCCCAGCGCUGGUUAGAGGAGCAGCAGGCCAAGGAGAGAGCCCUGGAGGAGAGGCAGCUCAACUUGCCUAAGCUGGGCCGCAUCCAGGAGACACGGACAACUCUGUUGAGGAAGAGUCGGCCGAUGCCCGAGUCCACCCCGCUGUGGAAGCUUCCCCGCUUCCAGCAGGUUGGCCCAGCUCUGGACACCUUCCGGGAUCCAUAUGCUAGAAAGAAGGCCUUCAAUGCACACUUCUCAGACUCCGUGGCACAGACAGGACAGCUGGGCCAGGGAACCUACACUGUGGGCUAAAACAUACAUAGAGAAGAGUCUAUGUAGUAACUGUUGGGGUAGGGAGGCAAAGUCUUAUUUUCCAACCAGCCUUAAUCAAAUUGCUCUCAGAUGCAAUCAACCUAAUAUAUAUAUAUAUAUAUAUAUAUAUAUAUAUUACUCAUACUGACAAUAUUAUUAUCAUGGGAUUUGACUGAUUUCCGGCCGGACUUACACUGUUACCACCACAAGGAUUUGUAAUAUAAUGUUUGUAGACUACACUACUCUUUAACUCAGCGAGAAGGUAAAGUACAAAACACUCAAAUGCUAUGAAUAUGUUUUCCUGGAAAAAUAAAGGAAAAAUAUUUUAAGUUAUUCAAAUAUGCUAAUAUUGCUUCACUUUUCACUGUUUGUUAUUAGGUCAUAGCUUGGCUAUAAAUCUUUUUCUCGGGUUGUGUUCCAAGUAUAAAACAUUUAAAUGGAAAAGUCAGACUGAU